AUGGUCCGCAUCUCCAACCUCACGCUUGCGCCACUAGCGUUGGCCGUAGCAGGCGCAUCGGCAAAGACAAGCCUCUACCUCUCGCCCGCACGCAACAUCGCAGCACCUAUCCGUAUCAGUGCAGAAGAGGCAGAUCGUGUUCUUUCGCAUCACAUCAACACCGGUGAUGCAUUGGACCAGAAGGAUGAGACGGAGAUGUGGGCUCAUUUGCUGUAUUCCAACGAGGAGGUGGACCAACGUGUGAUGGUGGAACGAUUGUUCGAUGGACAUGAGCAAGAGCAGAAUAGGUUGCUUGUGCUUAUGCACGGGUCUGCGUAUGAUGAUGUGAUCCCAAGCCAUCUCUCCCCAACGCACACUAUCUCUACCUCUCCCAACUCCAACUCCUUCGACGCCCUCUUUGAUAGCUAUCUCUCCUCCGUCUCGCAAAUCCUCAAAUCCUCCGACUCCGCCUUCUCCCACCUCGCGGGGACCUUCAUGGACGGAUUCAGCGCUAGCAUCGAUUGGCUCAGCACCACUUCCCACUCCGCUGCCUCCAAAUGGUCCCAGGAAGCAUCCGAGUUGAAAUCCACCGCAUUCAGCAAACUUGAAAAAGAGCUUCGAUCGGCUGAAGCACUCCUUGCUAAGCUCGAGUCGUCCGGUAAAAACGAGGAUCUCUCCCUCCAGCCUUUGCGUUUUGCAGGCCUGCAAGAGGUUGAAUCCACGUAUGGAGCUGAUAGCGUCGAGUACGCAAAAGCGAAGAAAUGGGUUCAGGAGGCAGUUGAAAAGAUUACUUCGCUGUUUGAGGCUAAAUCGGAAAGUCAAGGUCGUGCUGCAUCGAUUGCUUUCGUCGUCACUUCUUCCUCGAACGGCUCUGGUGCGGUUCCACACCUCGCUAAACGCUCCGAUCUCCUCCUUCCGUUCAAACGCCAACUUUCCUUCGACUCCGCACUCAGUUCGCAAGACGCAUUGGAAUCUAAACCCUCCGCCUCCCCCUUCCCCUCCCGCCUCCCCUCCAACCUCCUCUCUACGUGCUUCACUUCAGCCACAGACCUCGAAAAAGCCACAAACAGCUGCUCAGGCCAUGGUGAGGCAGUGAAAACCUCCAAAGGCGGUAAACCGUGUUACCGAUGCCAAUGCAAAGCAACAGAAGUGAGGAAGGGAAAGAAAGUCUACUGGGCCGGUGCGGCGUGUGAGAAAAAGGAUAUCAGUACAGAGUUCGUACUGUUGGCGAGCAGUGUUUUGUUGCUGGUGCUGGCGAGUGUGGGUAGUGUCUACUUUUUGUGGAUGCAAGCAAGUGAGGAGCUGCCUGGGACUUUGGCUAGUGUUAGUAUUAGUCUCAAGUAA